GAUGUGCACAACUGCAAGGAAACGAUCUCCUUUUGUACUGCUGUGAAGAUUGAAUUGGGUGUAGCCGCGUAAGAUUUGCACAAGGCCUGCACAAGAUUCCAUUCCUUGCAUGGACCCCUACCACUAGGUGUCCUCAAAUCCUUAUAAAUCCUCAUUGAUCACAACUCUGUAUUGUGAAAAAUUGUCAAAGACAUUAGAAAUAGAUAACAGGUGUUGCAGAAGCUUUCUGUAGUACAGCAUCAAACACAAUAUACUUUGCAUGGUAUAGAAGACCCCUUUAUUCAGAAUAAAAGGGUGAGAACAGAUUGCACAAGCAAACUAAUAUCCCUUGCAGCCUGCAGAGAAAUCAUGUAUCAAGGAAGGAGUGUGCAGCCUUCCACAAGAAUGUCAGUUCCUCCUGAAAGGCAUUUGUUCCUGCAAGGUGGAAAUGGCCAUGGAGAUUCAGGACUUGUCCUUUCAACUGAUGCAAAACCAAGAUUGAAGUGGACGACAGACCUGCAUGAGCGGUUUAUAGAAGCAGUUAAUCAACUUGGUGGAGCAGACAAAGCCACUCCAAAGUCAGUUUUGAAGCUAAUGGGAAUUCAAGGAUUAACCUUAUAUCAUUUAAAGAGUCAUCUUCAGAAAUACCGACUCAGUAAGAAUCUUCACCAACAAGCCAAUAGUGGAUCCAAUAAAACAACAUCAGGAGGCUCAAGAGCAGACACGAUAUAUGAUGCGAAUGAAAAUUGUAAGAAUAAUGUGAGCACUGGGCAUCAAACAAAUAAAAGCAUACAUAUAAGUGAAGCAAUACAAAUGCAAAUUGAAGUUCAACGGAGGCUACACGAACAGCUUGAGGUUCAGAGACAUUUACAGCUUAGGAUAGAGUCACAAGGAAAAUACUUACAGGCUGUGCUGGAAAAAGCACAAGAAACCCUCGGGAGACAAAACAUGGAAACAAUGGGACUAGAUGCAUCUAGGGUUCAGCUUUCAGAGCUAGUAUCUACAACAUCCCACCAAUGCCUAAACUUGGCAUUUCCAGAGGAGAAGGAACUACCAGGAGUCAGUCCACAACAAGCAAGAGCUCCCCAACCCACAGAUUGCUCACUAGAUAGCUGUCUAACCUCCUGCGAAGGAUCUUCAAGGGAGCAUGAAAUGCACAAUAGCCAGCUGGGAUUGGGAUUUCUAAACCUCAGAGCAUAUUUGGAUUCCAAGGACAUGGAAAACGAAACAAGGAGACAGCAAACUGAACAGAGAUGGAGCCGCAACCCGAAGGAGAACGCCGUGUUCCUUCCUGCAAAGAAUGAAGCACUUAACACCCAGUGCAGUAGCUUAACAAUGAGCAUCGGACUUCAAGGAGGAAGACAGAAUGACAAGAACAGCUGCGAAUACACUGGGACUAUGGAUGCAGAUCACAAACUAAAUUUUAGAUCAGCAGAAGCAGAGAAGAUGCCACAAAACUAUAAAUUGCACAAUUUAGGGCCAAAUCUUGAUCUGAACACAGGCGAGGAAAUCGAUUUGGCUUCGACCUGCAAGCAAUUCGAUCUUAAUGGCUUCGGUUGGAGCUGAGUGGCAGUGUUUCGUCGACAGCUAGAGCGAAUGAAUUUGAAAUUUCUGUCGCAAGUAGGAGAAAACCAUAACGUUCUCGUUUGAGAAAUCGAUAUUCAAUAAUGUAAUACGGAGUACUCUGUAAUGUAUUUCAAGACUAUAAACAUCUGACAUAGUC